CAGUUUCGCAAUCUGCGGGAACCAGCAGCGCAGGACGUGGAAGCUGAUGCAGUGGGAAAUUGCAAAGAAGAAGAUAAAUGCUAUCGUCGAGCAUCAGCAUGAUUAUCAUGCAGGACUACAAGUAGGGACUAACAGAGGCUCAGCUUCCUACCCUU